CAAUGCAUGUCAUUAUUUUUAUUGCUUAUUAGUUUUUAUUCUUUCAUUCGUUGUAAUGUUUCUCUGAUGCACUAAGUGCCGCUGUUUGUCAGUAUGUUGGGGCUUUAAACAUAAAUUUUUAGAUCCUCCUCUUCUUUCUGGCAUCACAUUCUGCAGAAUCUCUUUCCUCUUUUCACUAAAGCAUCGAGACAUUCUCUGCCUUGUAUUUUCGGAUAAACUUUUAUGUUUUACAACCUUUCUGAAUCAUUCGUUCUUUUUAAAUAUUCUUCUUCUCUGAAUGGAACAUUUGGAUUAUGUCGGUUCUUCCUGGUUUUAAUGCCCAAAGAGGCGCAUCUUCGGCGCGGAUUUCAUCAUGGCUAAUGCAGCCUCUCGUGCUGUGCGUCUUUGUCCUGAGCGUUGCGCGCGGGCAGGUCCGUUAUUCUGUUCCAGAGGAGAUGACAAAGGGCUCGCUGGUGGGAAAUAUCGUUCAGGAUCUCGGUUUGGAUGUAAAGAGGUUGAAAUCCGGCCGCGCGCGGAUCUUUACGGAGGACAGUCGUGAGUACAUCGGUCUGAAUGUAGAUAAAGGGACUCUGGUAGUGAAAGAGAGGAUAGAUAGAGAGGAGCUGUGCGCCCAAGUGUCUCCCUGCUCCUUACAUUUUCAGAUCAUUAUAGAAAACCCCAUGGAGCUGCAUAGAAUUGAUGUCGAAAUAUUAGAUAUCAACGAUCAUGCUCCUGUUUUCAUGAAAAAAGAGAUUACUUUUCAGAUAAGCGAAUCAGCUUUGUCUGGAGCUCGAUAUUCAAUCGAUAGCGCUAAUGAUCCGGAUGUAGGUCUAAAUUCUAUUCAGACAUAUAAAUUAACCCCAUCUGAUCAUUUCACAGUUAAAAUACCUGCUCACCACGAUGAUACAAAAUACGUAGAAAUGAUUUUGCAAAAACCCCUUGACAGAGAAACUGGAGAAGAACAUCAAAUGACUUUAACAGCCUUCGAUGGCGGAAACCCUCAAAAAACAGGCACUAUCAAGAUAAACGUUAUUGUUUUAGAUGCAAAUGACAACGCUCCUGUUUUCAGUCAGUCAAUCUAUAAAGCAUCUAUUCCAGAGAAUUUUCCUAAAGGAUCCUCUGUGCUAAGGGUAAGUGCAACUGAUAAAGACGUGGGAUCUUAUGGUGAUGUUACCUAUUCUUUUUCACAGAGUAGUGAACGGUUAUCUAACCUCUUCCAAAUAGAUUCCAGUUCUGGAGAUCUUAUAGUUAAUGGUCAGCUGGAUUUCGAGAAAUCAAAAAAAUAUGAAUUAUACGUUGAAGCAACAGACAAAGGGGGAUUAAGUGAUACUAGCAAAGUACAUAUUGAAAUUACUGAUAUAAACGACAAUGCUCCUAUAAUAAGCAUAAUUUCGUUUUCAAACCCAGUGGCGGAGAGUUCAGCACCAGAGACUGUAAUAGCAAUGCUGAAUGUCAAAGAUUUAGAUUCGGGGAAAAACGGAAUAGUCAAGUGCUACAUUGCUCAGAAUUUACCGUUUAAAAUAAAGUCAUCAAGCCCAAAUUUUUACAGUUUAGUCACUGAUGAGCUCUUGGACCGAGAGAAGGUCUCAGAGUAUAAUAUCACAAUAACAGCUAGUGAUGAGGGCUCGCCUUCUUACUCUACUAAUAAAACACUGACUCUGAAAAUAUCUGAUGUCAAUGACAACGCCCCUGUGUUUCAGCGUCAGUCAUACACCGCAUAUGUGAUGGAAAAUAAUUCACCCGGAGUCUCUGUGUUAUCUGUUAAAGCGCAUGACAAAGACUCUGGCAAUAACGCGCGUAUAUCAUAUUAUCUAGAAGAUAUUCUUGUGAAUGGUGUCUCUGCCUCGACGUUUAUUUCAGUUAAUGCAGAGAGUGGAGAGAUUAUUGCUGUUCGUUCGUUUGAUUAUGAACAAACAAAAGAAUUUAACAUUCGCGUAAAAGCGCAGGACGGAGGAAAUCCUCCUCUCAGCAGCAACGUGAGCGUGAAAAUAACGAUUCAGGACCAGAAUGACAACGCGCCUCAGGUUCUGUAUCCGGUCCAGUCAGGCGCUUCUGUGGUGGCUGAAAUAGUGCCUCGUUCUGCAGAUGUGGGUUAUCUGGUGACUAAAGUGGUGGCUGUUGAUGUGGACUCUGGACAGAAUGCCUGGCUCUCAUAUAAACUGCAGAAAGCCACAGACAGGGCGCUGUUUGAAGUGGGCUUACAGAAUGGAGAAAUAAGAACUGUGCGCCAAGUGACAGAUAAAGAUGCUGUGAAACAGAGACUCACUGUUGUAGUGGAGGACAACGGGCAGCCCUCUCGAUCAGCUACAGUCAAUGUUAACGUGGCGGUGGCGGACAGCUUCCCUGAAGUGAUCUCGGAGUUCACUGACUUUACGCACGACAAGAACUACAACGACAACCUGACUUUCUAUCUGGUCUUGGCCUUGGCUGUAGUUUCGUUUCUCUUUAUCGUGUCUAUCAUCGCCAUACUGUCAGUCAAAUGCUACAGAUGGAGACGCGAGCGGAUGUUUUACAAAUCUGGAGCGAAUCUUCCAGUUAUUCCGUAUUAUCCGCCUCUUUACGCAGACGUAGGGGGCACAGGAACUUUACAGCACGUGUACAAUUAUGAGGUUUGCAGAACCACUGACUCCAGAAAGAGUGAUCUGAAAUACGGCAGACCUUGCAGUGAAAGCAUCAUUAGUCUGGACACCAGCGGAACACAGACACUCACACAUGCGCAGAGAGGAAAAUUGAAUGAUGAGCAUUCUUUUGAUCAGCAAAAACCACCCAGCGCUGACUGGCGUUUCACCCAGAACCAGAGGCCCGGGCCCAGCGGGGCUGCUGCCACUCCUGAGGUUGCCGUGGGAACAGGACCUUGGCCCAACCCCCCAACCGAGGCCGAGCAACUCCAGGCUCUGAUGGCCGCUGCUAAUGAAGUCAGCGAGGCGACCAACACUCUGGGUCCGGGCACCAUGGGUCUGAGCACCCGCUACAGCCCUCAGUUCACCCUGCAGCACGUCCCUGAUUACCGGCAGAACGUCUACAUCCCCGGCAGCACCGCCACCCUGACCUCCAACCAGCAGCAACCCCAGCAGGCCCUGCCGCCUCCACAGGCCGCCAUAGCUGCUGCCGCUGCCCAAUCUGAGCCGCCCAAAGCCGCCCAGACGCCCGCCAGCAAGAAGAAAUCCACCAAGAAAGAGAAGAAGUAGAGAGUCGUAGGUUUAGGGAGGUUGAAAUAGCUGGGCGACUCCAUUUUAUGCUGUUUUUGAGGUUUGCUGGAAUUCUGUAUUUCUUUAGAGAAAGAAAUUUAGGGUAAAAAUAAGACAGUAUGUCAAUGUAAACCCCCUUCUAACCGCUUUGUCCAUUUCACACAUGCAUUUUGUUUUAAGUACUGUAAAAAAAAAAAAAAAAAAAAAAAAAAAUCUGAUUCAUUGGACGCUCAGAUAUUUCAGAUUUUCAUUCUUGUGUUUGCCAACUUUAUGCAACUUCUAAGUGACACUAUACUCCUGCGUAUAUCAAGCCAAUAAUGUAUUUAACACAGUACUUUACCGUGAUCAUGUUUAACAGACAUCUGGACAGAAAGAGGAAAUGUACUCUUUCUUAUAACAAUCACAUUCACGUUUCUACAAAGACACAGUGUCCAGUGCUGUGGCUGUCGCAAUGUUUGUAAAAUGCAUCAUGGUGAUUACUCUACCUUUUAUUAUUGUUUGCUAAAAUACCACUAUGGACUCUUUUUAAUUGAUCCUUUUAGAAGAAGUGUUGAUGUAGAUGCAAGUCAGGUGAUUAUUGCUGCAUGCUGUUUUUUGCGCUAUAGAUAAUCUCCAUAUCACCUGAAAUCUAUAAACACCGAUGUAACCCUCUCACAGUGGAGGUUAAGCAGUUAAACCAUCCGCUUUUAUGAUGAUUUGUAUUUGCUUUUAAAGAAACGGAUCCCCCCUGUGUAUCACUGAGCCAGAGAUUGGUUGUUGUUGCUUUUUUAAUGUUAACAAAGUUCAUGGAGCAUUAGUGAAGUCCGAGCCAUAAUGGGAGCGUUGUAAAAUCAGUUACAAGUCCUCAAGUUCCCGCAGUGGCAUAUCGUCCUUAGUAUUCAGUAUUUCCAGGUUAUCCUAGGUGUUGAAGCUCUUUAUCAGUGCUGGUUGUAAUUAGAUGGGUUAGUUAUGAUACCUUCAGUAAGCAUCUGGUGUUUUGAUGGUCACAAAAACCUCCUGACUUUGUGAGUUGCUGAUCUAGGCAGCAAUCUAGCUCAAGUUAUUACAGAUGGAAUAUGAAUGCUGUUAAAAUCCAAUACCAGUUAGGAUUGAUGCUGUUUUAGGAGGCAACUUGCACUCAUUGAAUGUACAACAAGCACAGUAACGGUCAAAAGAGAGUCAGUUAUUAGAUCUUUGAAAGCUGGUUCUAGAAAAUACUUAUAGUGCUAAAAUUCCAUCCAAAUGCUGACUUUCCCUCUGAAUACAACAAUUCUCGUACAAUUGGCAUGGCGUUCCUUUGUAAAUAGAAAUUUGCCCUUAAAACCCAAGAUAUUCAGCUCAAAAGGAAUGGCUUACUACUGGAAUGUCAUUUUAUUUUACAGAAAGAAAUGCACAAAAAUAUAAAAAUUGUGAAAAAGAAGAAAAAAAAAACACUUUUGACACUCUGUAGUUCUUUAGUACUAUGAAGGCCAACUAACUAACGCACCUGUAAAUAAAGAGUUUAACUUACUUACAAAAAUAAAUAGUGACACACUCUUAGUCUAGAAGUUGUGAUGUUAUGCAUAUAUUUUUGUGUUCGUCGUCUUCUUUUCCUGUCACUUUUCCAUGAAAAGACACAAAACGGAGGGCAAAUAGACCUAAAAUCCUCCGUCAUUAAUUUUGUGCUCUUUGUCGUGCUCACAUGUAAAAAAAGCUUCUUAAUGUCUAUAUGAAGAAUCUAAAUAGAUCUAUUAUCUGUGUGUGUGCUGAUGCUGUAAUCCUGCAGUAACAUCUCUGAUAAGACGCUUUGAGUCCCGGCCCCUGUGUGCUACUUGCAUUUUCUAUGCUAAUAUUUAUAUUGCUGUGUUAUUAUUUUUUUUUUUCUUUUUUCUUUUCUUGAACACUGACAUUUCAAAUAAAAAGUUCUCAAAUCA